CUGCUGCUGGAGUCUGAAGGUAGAAGGCCUAUGACAGCUGGGGAUCAGGAUCGGAGAGAGGGGGUCGAGCCAGAAAAUCCACUCCCAUCUUCAUGAAAACGGGACAAAAUGUUCAUAAAACCUAUAGGAGCAUAAUAUACAGACUCUGCGCUUUAUUUUAAGCCUAAUAUUGUGGUGUUUUAGUCACGGAUACAUUAGAAAAGGAAUGGUGAAAUCUGAACUGCGCCGGAAGGAUCCGAAUUUUCCUCAGGGAUUCGGGGGGGUUGGAGUAGCGUAGGGUCUGAAAGAUCGUAGAAAGCUUCAGGUUAGGCUGAGAGGUUUUGUUUCGUUAGGGUACAGGUUUUUAAAUUUGAGCGUUAAGUUAAUUUCUGGGUAAUUGGAAAAGCUGUACAUAGCUGCUAGCUAGUGGAUAGCUAGGUGUCAUCAGAGAAAUGGAGCUCCGAGUGGGAAACAGAUACAGACUGGGCAGGAAAAUUGGAAGUGGAUCUUUUGGUGACAUCUAUUUGGGCACGGACAUUUCUGUUGGGGAGGAAGUCGCCAUUAAGCUGGAAUGUGUGAAGACGAAGCAUCCUCAGCUUCACAUAGAAAGCAAGAUCUACAAGAUGAUGCAGGGAGGAGUUGGUAUCCCAACAAUAAAGUGGUGUGGUGCAGAGGGGGACUACAAUGUGAUGGUGAUGGAGCUUCUGGGACCCAGUCUGGAAGACCUCUUCAACUUCUGCUCGAGGAAAUUCAGCCUUAAGACUGUUUUACUGUUAGCUGACCAGAUGAUCAGCCGUAUAGAGUACAUCCACUCCAAGAACUUCAUCCACAGAGACGUGAAGCCUGACAACUUCUUAAUGGGGCUGGGGAAGAAGGGCAACCUAGUCUAUAUCAUUGACUUUGGUUUGGCCAAGAAGUACCGUGAUGCCCGCACCCACCAGCACAUUCCGUAUAGAGAGAACAAAAACCUGACUGGCACUGCUCGCUAUGCCUCUAUCAACACUCACCUGGGCAUAGAGCAGUCCCGGCGUGACGACCUGGAGUCUUUGGGCUAUGUGCUAAUGUAUUUUAACCUGGGCUCACUGCCAUGGCAGGGUCUGAAAGCUGCCACAAAGAGACAAAAAUACGAACGCAUCAGCGAGAAGAAAAUGUCUACUCCUAUUGAAGUUCUUUGCAAGGGCUACCCAUCUGAAUUUGCCACAUACCUCAACUUCUGCCGCUCACUGCGAUUUGAUGACAAGCCUGACUACUCGUACCUGAGGCAGCUCUUCAGGAAUCUGUUCCACAGACAGGGUUUCUCAUACGACUAUGUGUUUGAUUGGAACAUGCUUAAGUUUGGUGCUAACCGUGCAGCAGAGGAGGCUGAAAGAGAGAGGAGAGACCGGGAGGAAAGGUUGAGGCACAGCAGGAAUCCAGCCCCUAGAGGCAUUCCAUCAGCCUCAGGCAGACCCCGAGCCACACAGGAUGGUGCACCCCCAACGCCCCUUACUCCAACCUCACACACAGCAAACACAUCCUCACCGCGACCUGUAACCGGCAUGGAGAGGGAGCGUAAAGUCAGCAUGCGGCUUCACCGCGGGGCCCCAGUUAAUGUGUCCUCUUCUGACCUGACCGGCCGACAAGACACCUCCCGCAUGUCCACGUCACAGAAUAGCAUUCCCUUCGAUCAUCACGGCAAGUAGCUGCUCGCAAUGUGCUUGUGUGAUGGCAGCAGCACCUGAUUCACUCUUCAUGUCCCAGAAGCCUCCACUCUGCAAUACGGAGUGCAGUGGUCAACCCAUCUGUACGCGGCUGAUUGAUGGCUCUGCUGUUCAAAAGCGGAUAAGCAGGGCUAUCAGUCUCUCUUCAAUCGACAUAACCAAAAUGGUUCAGAACCAACUUGACCUCUUUAAAGGUCUCCUUGCUCUCUCUCUCUUCUCUUCUCUUCUCUUCUCCUGUCUUUGCUCUCUCUGUUUUCACUCUGGUAAAUACACUAUGUACACACACACACACACAGAUUUGUGAUCACUUCUAUCAAAGGAAAUGUUUAUAGACAGACCCAGCAGAGACUGCAUCAGCCAGCCAAACUCCAGUGUCCUCGACACUGUUGUCUUUCUUCAUACUAGUAUGUUGUCUGUACAUCUGCACUGCUUUUCAUAACCUUUUCCGUCCAUUACGUGUUUUAAGGGUUUUUCCCUAAGCUAAUGUAUUUAACUUGUUUAACUGAUUCCUUUUUGUUGUACUGUAUUUUUUAAGCUUUCCCAUUUCAAAGUUCCUUUCUUAUAACAUGUUCCAUAUCUGGGCUUGUUAUAAUUUUAUCUGACCAAUUAUAAUUAUUUUAUUAUAUUUUGAUAGCCCUUUCUUUAACUGGUGGGUGGUAUAAAAUGGGUUCCUAUUGCAUGGUCUUACUGGUGUUUUCGUAUGGACAGACCGCUAAGGGGCCAAAAUCUCAUUGUUUCUUAGUUAUGAAACUAAUCCGUCACUGCAUCAUGUGUUCUGCAGGACCAUGUGAAGCUCACCAUCCUGUCUAGCUUUCUUAACUGCUGUAUAUUACUGCCUCUCCCUUGUUGUAUCACUUUUUUCUAUUUCCAAGCUGUGAAAAUUGUAAUAUAUCCAUGUAAAUGUUUUUCAUUUUCACUUAAUAGAGACUAUGAACUAGCCACAAAUCACAAACUGUCCUGGAGCAUUAGGGGUUUUCUUAUUUUGCACAAUGCCAAUAAAAUAAAGUGCUGGACAUCAGAAGGAUUGCCAAGUAUAAAUCUAAAGCCUGAUUUUAAAACUUGAAAGGAGCAUAUUGGAGGUUUCAGAAGGGCAGGGGAAGGAACAUGCAAGUUUCAGCUUGAUUGUUUGUAGAUGCUUUUUUGACUAAAGUCAACCCAUGCUGAGGUUGUCUUUAGUGAGAUGAUGCUGCCUCAAAGCAGUCCAGCAGUGUGAAAGGUGAGGAGGGAAUCCUGUCUAAAGAAUGUUCCAGCACUGAUGUGGCUCAACAGAUGUACCCAAAAGGUAAUUCUGGGUUCUAUGCAUCAAGCUUCUCAGGGAAAGUGUUCUGAUCUGAGCUGCUCUUAUUGUUUCGCCACUUUGACAUCCUAAUUAAUAACGGUGGAUUGGAGGGAGCUGCUUUUUGAUCAGUGUCCUUGCAUUGAGAUGUCUGAUGCGUAUGGGCCUUGCUCAUACUUCCUUCUAAUGUACCCGUUACAUCUGAAGAGAGCAGAUGUCUCAGGCCGGAAUCGGUGAAUAGCGUCACGCAGGUCUUUGAAGCCCAUGGCCAUUUUGGGCUCCACACUAUUGGUCUUGUGAAGUCAUGCCAAUCUAUGAGCCCUACUAGAAUUUGUAUCACUGUAUUUGUGCACCUUUUUGUGUACAUGUGUAAAUAAAUGAAAUACUUGUAUUAA